GCUCCCGCCGCCACGUUCGCGCUCGGGCGGAGGCGCGGGGUCGGGAGCCGGGAUCGGCCCGGGACGCGGCCUCAGACCCCCGGGGGGGCCCCCUCCCGGGCGGCGGCGCGCUCGGCGGCACAGAGGUGUCCAGGGAACCACGUGGUCAGAGGGUUGAGCUGAGUGGCCAAACAAGAGAGGCCCCUGCCCAGCAAGCUUCGCUGGCACAGGAGCUGCCUCCCUCUCUGAUCUGCGGCCACCUCUCUCACCUCACAGUUCUUACAGAAGCCAUGAAGCUGAACGAGAGGAGUGUGGCCCACUAUGCACUGAGUGACUCCCCAGCAGACCACGUGGGCUUCCUGCGCACUUGGGGGGGGCCAGGGACUCCACCCACCCCCAGUGGCACUGGCCGAAGAUGCUGGUUUGUCCUCAAGGGCAACCUGCUGUUUUCCUUCGAGAGUCGAGAGGGCCGGGCCCCGCUGAGCCUGGUGGUGCUGGAGGGCUGCACGGUGGAGCUGGCUGAGGCCCCGGUGCCUGAGGAGUUUGCCUUUGCCAUCCGCUUCGACGCCCCUGGUGUGCGCCCACACCUGCUCGCGGCAGAUGGGCCCGUGGCCCAGGAGGCAUGGGUGAAGGCGCUGUCUCGGGCAAGUUUUGGCUACAUGCGCCUGGUGGUGCGCGAGCUGGAGAGCCAGUUGCGUGAUGCCCGUCAGAGCCUGGCCUUGCAUCGCCGCUCGUCCUGGAAGGCUGUUACUAGCCGCUGUAAGCCCCAGGCUCCUGACCGCUGGUCUCCGGGCCUGGAGAACGGCCACACUCUCUCCAGGGAUUGCAGUCCCACCGGCUUGGUUGAAGAAGGGGGCAGCAGGCCAGUAGGGCGGGGCUUGGCUGAGUGGGAGUUGCAGGGCCCUGCCAACCUCCUCCUAGGCAGGGGACAGAGUCCUGUGUCCCCUGAGACCUCUUGCUUCUCUACCCUGCACGACUGGUACGGCCAAGAGAUCAUGGAGCUGAGGCGGGCGUGGCUGCAGAGGGCCCAGGGGAGCCGGCCAGAACGUGAGGGACAGGAUAGGCCCUGAGCCUGGGCCCUUUGGAUUCUGCCUUCGUCCUGCUGGUCAGGACACCAGGGCUAGUGCUUUUUCAGAAGUUUAAUGUUUACUCAUUUCCAAAGUUGCUUUUUUAAGGGGUGGUUCCCUCCUUCCUGCUUUUUCUGGCUUUCUCCAGGUGCCAGACCCACCCUCGUGCCUGGAGGGGACUGAGGAGUCAUUGCUUCCAACCCCUUUACUUCCUGAGGCCCAGAGAGGAAAGGUGGCUCGCUCAGCAGCCACAAAGUACGACCCACGUCUCCUCACUCUGCGCUGGAGUGCCCCUCUCUCAGAAGAUAUUAAUGAAAUGGAGGGAGUGGGGAAAUAUUUCAUGGCCACAAGUCACCCUUUCACCUACACACCAGACUGUACAGCCAUAAUUUCCAACAUGGCGAUUCUUGUGUGCAUUUAAAUACUGGAAGCUGGCUGCAUUGUUGACUCGAGGGACUGACCUUGUCAGAGAAAGUGGAUUUUUUUGUGUCAUGGGGAUUUCUGGGGCCCAGCUCUUUCUGAGUGGUGGAAGGGAUUACACUCAUGCAGGGGGGGCAUGGGACCCCCCACUCUGCAGUUUGGGAAGGGCCUUUUGGAGGGAGAGGGCCUUCAUCCAAUACAGAGGGAUUUAUUCUGCUCAGAAAGUGUUGGGGCCCCCAUACUCUCUCCCUGGCUGCCCUGUCAACAGAUGGUGCUGGAUGUUGCCCCAGGAGGGGCUGGUAGCUUUUAUAUAUCAGCAGAAAUCCUUACACCUUGUCCUCAGCAGCCAGCUCCUAGGGCUGCCAAGUGGGAAGCUAAAGAAAAGGUGCGGAGGCAGUGUGGCUUUCCCUGGGAAAGCCAGUUUGUUACUUUGGUUCCCAGUCUUGGGCAUUCCAGGAGCUUGGGCACAGGAUUCCUGGUACCCUGUGAUGAACUAUUCUCUCUUGACUUGUCUCCCAAAGAGGUGUUCUGCUCCUGAAACCCCCUGGGAACUCGUUCACAGUUCUGCCUGUCACCCAGUGUGUACCUCCCAAGACCCUCUCAUUGCUACGCUCACCAGCCUGGGGCCAAGUGUUUUCUUUUCUGAUUGUUUCGGGAGGCAAAUUGGCUGGGUCCAUAGAGCAGAGCCCAGACCAGCCCACAGCUCACGGCACCUUAUUUUAUACGCAGACACUCCAGACUUUUAUCUUUCUUACUGUCACUGUGUUUUUUAUACGAUUAAAACACUAAGUUUUUUUUUUAUUA